UUCUUUGUGGUUCUCAAAGUGCCAAAAAGUACUCAACAGCAAAUGUUUCUUUCCAGAAAUAAUGAACCAAUUACUCGAGAUAACCUUUCAUGUGGGAAUUAUUUUAUGUAACACAGUGCAGGGGGAGGCAUGCAUCUACUCAUGAAUUAGAGGCUAACCUAGCUAACCUUACAGCUCAGCCAAGGAGCAAGCCAUUAAUGUUUACAUCCGGCUCUGUCGUGAGCACAAGCCUUUCCUCCGUGAGUAGAUGUACAUUUCCUUCUGUGUGGUGAUACGGAGUAGUAUAUUAGAAAGAAAAUAGUUCCUACAUGAAACUACUCACAACAAGGACUGUAGCUUAUCUUCAGUAACUGAGUCAUGAUUUCUGGAAAGAGACAAUGACAUUUCAAGUUGAGCACCACAAGCAAAGUGCCUUCUAGUUCCAUUAUAUUUGAGAGAAGAACAUCGCCACACCCAAUUUCUCCAAAACUCAGCAACUCAACCCAAAACUAUGAAAAUAGAGCACUACUGGUAAGAAAAAAAAAUGUGUUAACUGUCCCUUUAAACUCAUGACUUUGGACAGAGUCACGUCAACUCUGUGAUUGUUUAAUUAACUUUUCUCAGGAACUUUCACUGAACAAUGAUCUGUACUUAUUAACAUUGUGAAAUUUAAUUCAGGAAAAACAACUCACUGAAAGGUUACUGAAAGGUUGUAUCUCAUGGACUUCAGGUUCCCAGGUCAUAAAUUUAAGAUGUUAAUUUAUGACAGCACAACAGUGAGGUUUAAAUUGAGACACAGGGGAAGGAUUGUUUCUUCUCAGGACAGCAGGAUUCAACACAGGACCUGCCGAUACACCUGCCCUCAUCGGAACGUCUGCUCUUACAGAAUAAAACCAGACAUGACAGUUUCUUACACCCUUGAAGUGGCCAAUGCAACAUUUGGUGGCUUCUCGAAGCUCCUGUUCAGAUGGAAGGGAAGCAUCUACAGGCUGCUUUACAAAGAGCUUCUCGUGUUCUGUGGGGUUUAUCUGUUUUUCAGUUUGUUUUACAGGUUCAUGCUCUCGCCAAGGCAGCAAACUCUGUUUGAGCGUUUUGCCCUUUACUGUGAUCAGUUCACCAACACCAACUUCAUCCCAGUUUUGUUUGUACUGGGUUUCUAUGUGACCAUGGCCUUCAAUCGAUGGUGGGGUCAGUACACCAGCUUCCCGCUGCCUGAUAACCUAAUGAUGGUGGUGUCUGGGAACGUCCACGGGGCAGACGAGAGGGGUCGCCUGCUGCGACGAACACUCAUGAGAUACGCCAACUUAUCCUCAGUUCUUAUUCUCCGCUCCAUAAGUACAAGAGUCCACAAGCGCUUCCCAACUUUGGAGCACAUAGUAGAGGCUGGUUUUAUGACAACACACGAGCUGAAACUUUAUGAGUCGCUGCACUCUGAUUUCAACAAGUACUGGAUGCCUUUGACUUGGUUCUCAAACCUGGCGUCCAGAGCGAGAGAGGAGGGUCGAGUGAGGGAUGACAUCGCUCUGAAAUUGCUGAUGGAUGAGCUGAAUAAUUACAGAGCCAAGUGCAGCCUCUUGUUCCACUAUGACUGGAUAAGCAUCCCUCUUGUUUACACUCAGGUAGUCACUAUAGCAGUUUACUCUUUUUUUGCCUUCUGCGUGAUUGGCCGACAAUUUCUGAACCCUGAGAAGGGAUACAAAGAUCACAAAUUGGACAUGUACGUCCCUGUUUUCACCCUACUGCAGUUUUUCUUCUAUGCUGGCUGGCUCAAGGUGGGGGAGCUGAUCAUCAAUCCAUUUGGUGAGGAUGAUGAUGACUUUGAAACCAACCAGCUGAUUGAUCGAAACAUUCAGGUGUCAAUGCUGGCUGUGGAUGACAUGUACCAGAACUUGGCUCCAAUCGUGAAGGACAAGCACUGGGCACAGAGACAUUUUUCCAUCCCAUACACUCUGUCUACAGCAGCAGAGACUCUUAAACCAACCUUCAAAGGUUCCACCUUUGACAUGAGAAUGAGUGUGGAGGAUCUUGAGAUUCACCAGCCUGCAGACACUCCUGGAAAGAAACAGUAUUUACCUCUUAAGGGCUCUCUGGGCAAUGGCCUUGAUGAUCUUCUGCAGAGGGGCAAAGGUCUUCUGCGAGGUGGGAGCCUCCCUUCUCUAAUGAAUGUCUUGGCACACCCAAAAGAAGAAGACGAUGAUAAUGAUUACCUUGAAGAUGACAUCAAUGCUGCCAACCACAAAGAACAAGAAAAGGCAUUGAUUAAAAUUGUAGUGGAACAAAACUAGGGAACAUUUUGUGAUGCUGAUGAUCAAAUCAUUGUGUUUUCGAUCCAACUUUUAUUGUAUAACAUAUUUUUAGAUUUGACACACAUGAAUUAAUUUGUGAAA